UAAAUAUUAAAUUAUUCGUUAGUAUACGUUAAAUUACAAGUGUAAAAUUUUGAAUUUUCCAGUAUGAAAUGAAUUUUAUAUUUGAAGUUUUACUACUUUUUCGACAACUAGUAGAAAAUUUACUUCAAUUUGAUAUUAACACUCCAGAUGAUCUUUAUAAACUUUUUAUGUUUUGCCAUUUAAUAUCGUGGUCAAUCAUUUUGUGGCAGUUACGAGUAUAUGGAGAUGGAGAUUAAGUACCAAAACCAUCAAUUAUUUCUAAUUUAAAUUUUGUGGCUUUAUGUAAUUGCAGAAUUUGUUUUGUUGACCACUUUGUAGCUAAAGUUACAGCAGCAUUUAUAUAAACACUACAAGUUUAAAACUUUGAACCUGGCGGGAGUUAUAGAACGUAAAAAAUGAUGUAAACAAUAACAAUAAGUGUAUGAAUAUAAUGUAAAUAUUUGUCAUAAUGAAAGAAAAAUACAGUGAUGUGAAUUAUUUGGAAAAUUUAAUAUUAGAGUUAUCAUGAGUGAGCAUUACAUAUCUUCCGUUCAUAUUGAAAAAUUAGGUCAUCAAAUUGAAGAAAUACGAAUUAGAGCCUUAGAAAAUAUAAUUUCCAAACUUAAUCAUGGUUUUAUUUAUGACAAUGAUCUCGCCAGAAGCAAAGAAAUCCUUUUUAAACUUUUUCAAUGGUUUACUUUUGAACCUGUUAAUAAUGAACUAGAUGUUUUAAAGCUUAUAAAAAGGAUCCUUGAAACAGAUAGCGGCACCACUCUUGCCAAACACUAUGGUGUUAACAAGUUAAUUACAGAAUUGAAAAAAAUUAAGUCAGUCAUUCAAUUAAGAAAUUACAGCCUAAUCGAUAGCAUUAUUGAUCAUGUGAAUUCAACAGUUCAACAAGAAAAUGAGAAUGAGAAAAUUGGACAGGUUCCACCCUUAAUAAGUAAUGUACCCCUUAGUUAUAGAUCAGAAGAUGGAAGUGUAUAUCAAGAAACAGAUCAUAACAUUGGUAACAUUGCAACUCCAAUUACAGGCAUUGUUUUUCAAGAAGGAACUUCGUCACUAAAUGGGGAUGCACAUAAUCCAAUAAUAAACAAUGGAUCAAUUGAUGAAAAUGAAGAAUUAGAAUCUAAUAAAAACAAAGCCAAUGAUCAUUGUAAGGAACCAUUAAUUUUCAUAGGGUGGAUUCCUUUAGUGAAUUCAGAUAGGCAUGUUUUGUCAUCUGUAGAAGAAUCUUUACAAAAUCCAUCUGACCCUUCAGUCUUAUUACAUACUUGUGACUUUUUUAAAGAUGUUAUGUUGCAAGAUUUUCCACCAGAAGUGUUUCUUCAAAGACCAGUAAUAGUUUCUCGUUUUUUGGUGUAUAUAAAGAAAACUACCUCUAGUCGAUUUCAAAUAGCAAUUUUGAAUUGUUUCUACAAAUUAAUAAGCAACAUGAUUACUAGAAUUGAAUUGUUAAGCGAUCCAAAUACGUUUACAUUAAAACAUACCGAGGCGUUGGAAAUUGGAAAAUUUGUACCUGAUCCUGACAAAUAUUCUUCAUAUACUGCGAGUAUUAUUACUGAUUCUACAUCGGAUAAUGAAUGUGUUAUUGAAGAUAAUGUUAAUAGUGUUAAUCAGUUCAAAGUUCCUGAUUUUUGUUGCGAUGUUCUAACCAGUUGUUUUGAAUUAACUAGGAAAUUUUCUGUAGAAUUAGAAGAAAAGGUUAACAAAACCAACAACUAUGCAAAAAUAUACAAAACUUUUUUUGUAAUAAAUAAAUCUAUUGAUUUAUUGAAUAUGUGCAUUUCUCCGGAAGUCUGGUAUCAAAAACAUGUCAAAAAUGUUGAAGAUGUACUUUUCAAACUAAACGAUGCUUUGGUUAAGUAUGGUGAAGCGUUGGAGUAUCUAAGGGUAGCAGUUGUAACUAAUGAAGAGGAUAAAAUUUUGAGAGUGAUGUAUUUACAUUUGCUCUGUAAUUGUAUAAAAAUGUUAAAUAAUGUAAUGCCUGACAAUGAAGUGGAACUUAUUUUGCCAAAUAGUCUAAAAACUGCUUUAGUGAAUAGCCUUUCAGAUGCCAUGCUUGCUCAACUUUAUCCUAAAGUUCAUAGUGCCGUAUUGCUAUAUGUACAGAAAUUUCAAGAUUCAUUCAAAUCGACAUCUGUGAGAAAAUAUAAAGAAGCUUCUUCAAUUUAUCGUUCGGUAACUGCUUCAAUAAAAUUCUUGAAACACUAUAAAGAUCUUUCAAUGCCAUUAGCAAUUGAUCUAGCAGAUGAAGGGGUCAGUUGUUUGGAUUUGCACAGAAAUAUGAAUUUUAUUAAAAAGUUCGUGUUUAUGUGUUCUCAAAAAAACCGCAUUAACGAAGAAGAGUUAAUGACAAAAGCACAAGGAAUAAUUUUGAAACUUCUUGCUUACAACGACGUCAAUAUACAGGAAGAAAUAUACAAAGCAUGUCAUAAGAUUGUUGUUAAAUGCGUUGGACCAAUUUUUACUACUUCAUCGGAACAUUUUCAAAUUGUCUUUCUUCUGAAUUGUGAUAUUUUUGCCGAAAUUUCUAUUUACGGAAUGAAUCACAACAAUAAGGAGAUUCAGAAAUAUGCCGAAGAAAUAUUAAUAUAUUUAUUGAAAAGCAAAAUGCUAGUAUCAGAAGAAAUUUGGAAUAAAAUAAUUGAAAUAUUUAUCGGCACUUUACCAGUUUUUAUUUGUCACGUUUGUAAGAGGAGUCCUUUGGGGAGGACUGUUCUGGGAAUGUUAGAUCCUGACACAGCUCAAACAUUAAAUAUUUCCAAAGUUAUAGUUUUAAAAACGAAUAUUGGUAUUCUAUUUACGAGAGACAGUUUAAUGAGGGAGGAAGUGAUAUCAAGAUUACUUUGGAUGCUUUCUAGUCAAACAAAUUCUAUCAAUUUAUUACCAAGACUUAGUUCUUUGACUGGUAGAAAUAUUAAUGCCAUUUGCCAAUUUCAACCCCGUUUUGACAUAAACAGAUGCUUCAGUUCAAGACAAUAUUAUCAGAAUGCCAAUAUUGUCCAAAUUUUGGAUAUCUUGAAAUCGAACGUUGCAGAACCUGUAAUAAAAAGGUCUGCUUUGACACAAAUAAGCGUCAUGUUAGAAGAACCUUUGUUGCAAAUCAAGUUUUUAGAUCACGAAGGUCUAAAACUUGUAUUAGAAAUUAUGGGGAAAGCUUUAAAUGAAAAGGAUCUUGAAACUUAUCCGGAUUGUGUUGUACCUGCUAUAACUAUACUUAAAAAUCUUUGCAUGUAUAGUUCGAGAGCUCGACAGGAACUUAAAAGCAAUAUCGACGCCUAUUUUUGUAUUUUAAGAGGUCUCUUUUCUUUCAAUUCUGAGGAGAAAGUUAGAGUCGAUGCCGGCACAUUGCUCUUUUUUCUAAUAUUUGGUGAUUAUGUAUUGGGGAAUCCUAAAAGUUACGAUAUUUCAAUUCCUCAUUUUUUCUUCGAAAAAUUAAGUAUUCCGUUCGAGUGUAAUAAACACUGGAAAAGUAGUAGUCACUCUAUUGAAGCUUUAGCUCCCGUGUUUUUUGGGGACAAGUGGAACCUUAAUUCCCUUAAAAUUUACUGGAAUGCUGAAUGGUAUGGAGGAAUUCACAAUAUUUUAAAGUGGGAAGAAUUGCCGUACAAUCGCUCCAAUUCCCUGGAGUUUAACUCAGUAUUAAUGCUUACAGAAACUGAUUUAAAGAUUUUAAAAAAUUCUAGUUUGUAUUUUUGUUUAAAAGAAUACCUUGGUGCAAUACAGGUUGACUCGACCCAUAAAACUAUUAUUAAUGACAUCAAUUUGUUGAUUUGUUGUUUGACUCCUUUUGUCACCAGUUACGAUUUAUUAGAUUUUGAUUACAUCGAAUUUUCGAUAUUGCCGUGGGAGGGUACGUUAGGUCAUUUCUUAAACAUACCUCCAGCCAAUGGUGGAGACAUAUUCUUGCUCACUGCCUUAUUUAAAUGUUUACAAGUAUUAAUACCAUUAUAUAAAGGAUCAGCACACUGCUGGAUAGUUUCGAUUCUGAAAGACGAAUGUCAUUGUUUGCCAAACAUAUUAAAAGAUAAUGUUCAGGAUGAUACUCAUGGAAAAAUUUUACACCAAGAACUUUUGAAUUUGAUAACUGUGUGCGUUUGCCAAGAAAACAGAUCGAUUCUAAAGGAAAAGCAAAAAUCAGAUGAAGAAGCUCAGAAAAACUGGAAUUAUGUCAUUAAAAUAAUCACUGAAAGUUUAAAGGCUGGUCAAACGCAAUAUUUUUACAAUUUGGCAUUUUUGGAUUGUCAGCUGUCUUGUUUGGUCCACUUAACUGGAUCUGUUGAAUGGGGUAGAAGUAAAGAAUACCCAAAAGAGUUCCUAGCAAGUUUAGUAAGAGUUAUUUUGGAUUUAGUUACUGCUUUUCAUGAAGGCAAAGGUCAAACUGCGGCCUUGUCUCUGAUGGGAAUUGGCAUAAUUAGGCAUUCUGUUUUAAUAUUAAACCACCUCCUUGUUGAACUGCAAAGUCAAAAUAUUAAGGGCUGGGAAACAUAUUAUAUAGGUGAAAGCUUUGAUGACGAAAGCAACUGUUUGAAAAAGAUAUUUUCUCUUAGAGAUUGUAGGGAUGUUGUAUUAAGAGCUGCCGCUUUGCAAAUUUUAGCAGGGCUGUCCAUGAUGCCAAGAGCUGCUGCAGAACUCAAUAAAGAGUUGUGGAUGGCAAACAACUAUGGUCUGUGGCAGAGCACAUUGGGGAUUUUAUUGAAUCAUGACGAAGCAACGAUUGUUAGAGAAAGUGCAGGAAAUUUGCUCUCAAACCUUGCAGGUCACAUUGCUACCAACAAUACUAAAGAUGCUUUGGUCACCAUCUAUCUCACGCAAACAAAAAUUAAAAAGGAAAUUAAUUGUUCGUCUGCUGUAUUUUUAUUGGUCGAAGAGUUUAAAUUAUUUAAAGAAAUACAAGAGUUUCUGACAUAUAUUUUAGAAGAAAAUUUGAGAGAAAAACGAAGAUGCUGCGCUGGUGUGUUUUUAUAUGUAAGAGCUAACAGCAAAAAAAGUUUGAGUCAGAUAAAAAAUAUUUCAAGUGAAUCUGGUAGCAGUAGCAGCUCGAGUGCUUCUUUAAAUAAGGAUGACAUGCAAUCUGUUCCUAAAUCCCCUGGUUUUGUGCGAUACUUAGCGAGUUUGGUUCAAAACUNUUGCUAUUACUGUAAAUCUGGUGUGUUUUUAUAUGUAAGAGCUAACAGCAAAAAAAGUUUGAGUCAGAUAAAAAAUAUUUCAAGUGAAUCUGGUAGCAGUAGCAGCUCGAGUGCUUCUUUAAAUAAGGAUGACAUGCAAUCUGUUCCUAAAUCCCCUGGUUUUGUGCGAUACUUAGCGAGUUUGGUUCAAAACUUAUUAGUGCUAGAUCCAGAUAUUGUAGUUUCUCAACUGCAACAGUUUGAACUUCUACCACUGUUUUUUCGGUGCAUUUGUAAUCCCACUAUGGAAAUAAAUUCUACAAAAGAUUUAGUAUAUUAUUGUGAACUGGUGGAGAUGAACAUUUCAAUUUGUUCUUUACUUACAAAAGCCGUUGAGAGCAAUUCAAACUGCAUCUACUCGCUUAUUAAUAGCAGAGACUGUCUACAUUUUUUGUUAGGACUUUUAAACACGGCCAUAUAUUAUACAUAUCUGCCCCAUCUACUAUUCCUUCGCAAUCAAAUGUGGAAAGAAAUAUUUACUCUUAUUAGGACGGUGUUGAACACCGCUCUAGAAAAUAAAGAAAAAAACGAAAAUGCAGCUAUUAUUUCUGAAAAUAUACACAACAUUAUUAGUUCAUUACUCAUCGAGGGUGAAAAUAAGGAGUUUCUGGAAACUGUUUCAGAGGCCAUUCUUUCAGACCAUUCAGUAGAUUUACAAAAUUCUGCCCUUACUUCGUUGACGUCGCUUCUUCAGGUCGACGUGUUAACCCCAGUAUCGUCUUCAGUUUCGUGGGGUUGUCUAUUAGAUUCGGUUAAGACUUCCAGGACGCAAAUAAUUGAAACAGAACUUGUUGUUCACGACCUAGAAAAUAUCGAACCCCUUAACUCUGCAAAAUCGAACAAUAAGAAAAGCACUGUCGAAUUACUGUGGAGUAAAAAUAAAAGACCAAAACGACCUGAUAAAGAAAAACAUAAUUUGCUCCAGAACCUUUACUUCCGAAACAUUCCAGAUGAAGUUGGUUCCACCACUUCGUCAUUUUCCGAUGACGGUAAAGUGUCAGUUUUGGAAAAAUGCGAAACUACAGUUGCAGGUAGUGAAUUGUGCAGAAUUCUUGUUUAUCUGUAUAGAGUUAGCAGUAUAGAUAACAAGAACAUUGUAAGAAAAAUGAACACCAUACAUUCCUUGACAAAUUUGUUGUGCGUGUCUCAAGAAGCAAAGAAACAGGCUGUGGAAGACUCCUUCCUACAAAUUGUCAUCUUUCAUUUGAAGGAGUUGCAUAUUAAGUUAAGUUUAGAGUCGGUCGAUUAUUUACGAACCACUGCAAAAAAGAAGAAAACACUUCCGGCUCUAAAAGAAGUUGAAGCUCUUAUUGGUUUACUGACCAAUUUUAUGUAUGGGUGCGAAAACGUAAAAAUUUUGGCGUCAAAUCUUGCCCUUGCUGAUUUGACUCAUAAGUUCUGGUUAUGGUUUACUAUACAGAAAAGGUUACUGUUGGCAGGACUUAAAAUGCUUUGUACAUUCACUGCAGACUGCGAAACAGCCUGUUGCACAUUACCGUUUACAAGUUCGGCAGCAGGGUCGGGACCUAGAAAAUCCCAGAGCAACACAUCCUUACUAAAUGAAGUGCUAACUUUAAUAACUAGAGAAAUGGAACAAAUUAGUAGAACUCACGAUCUUCAUGUGUUAGAACUGUGUUUACAUCUGUUACAGAAUUGCUGUAUUUCUUCAGAAUGUAGACAAACUAUUAACAAGAGCAACAUUUAUCAAAGCAUUUCUCGCUUGCAUCCGUCCCUGACCAAAGGUCAAAGACCGUGGGAUCGGGUCGAAUUGUUGUGGAUGCGAUUUUUACAAACUUAUACGACAUACUAUGAAGGACAGACAAGUUUGACGAAAUCUCAAGACGCUUUUACAACCAUUUUAACCCUUGCUCAUGGUACUAGGUCACCAUACAGUCAUGAAGCUUUGUUAGUUCUUCAGAACAUCGCUUUUCAUUCGUUAAACAGACCGAAAUUAUUAAAUAGUGGCGAAUUUUUAAAUGUUCUUCAAGACAAAUUGUCAAAUGGUUCCAUGGAGGAUAAAACGGUUACAACCACUAUUUUAUGGGCUCUUUCAGCAAAUAAUCAGAGAGCAAAGUUAGUUUUUAAAUGUUCAGGUCUUAAUUUAUUGUUAAAAGAUUCAAUUAACCGCAUAAGUUUUACAUCGGAUGCGAAUGUUGAUGUUGAAAGUUUAAAAAAAAUGAAGUAUGUUUAUGAUAUUUUAAAGGACGAUUAGCAUGACAUCGUCUGGUACUAAUUUAUUAUUUUUCAAAUGUAUUUUUUUAAUUGUAAUUUUAAUAUAAUUUCUAUUUUUG